AUGGCGCCUCGCCGAUUCCCACAGUUUGGAAGACUGCCUCCCGAGCUGCGGGUGCGGAUUUGGCGCUGGCUCAUGCUGCCCCAGAUCAUCCGCGCCCAGUGGGAGACGAUUGCAUUCAACGAGACGCACAUCUCGGUCUACUGGCUCUUUGUUGGUGUCAUGCCGAUCACCCUGAGAGUGUGUGGGGAGUCUCGCUCCGAGGCCCAGAAGCACUACUCUCUGAUCUACUCCCGAGUGCCAUUGAGAUCCGAGCCGACAGAGGAGAGAGAUGGAGAGCGGAAGCCGCCAACCAGCUUGGUCGCACAGAAGACCCCCAAGAAGAACGAAGAAAACAAGUCACACAUGCAGAAGCUAUGGGUGAACUUCAACACUGAUUCUUGCUACUUCAUCAACAUGCCCCCUGGGUAUGAGUUCAAUACCUGGUACAACCGCGUCCACAAGCCAUGGAUUAGCGGCCUUGCCGUGGAUAACCCUAUAAGACACAUUGCCAUUGAGGGCGAGGCAGCUCAGCGACUGAGAAAUUCGGGGCGGACAGACAUCUUCUAUCUUAUGUGCAUGAGGCAUCCGGAGCUCGAAUCCAUCACCAUCAUGCUGGACAACAGCCAUUUCAGCUACGAUAAGAAGCCCGCCGACUACGCUUUCCGAGACCUCAAGGAGAUGGACGAGAACGACAGGAGAACCGGUGGGAAAUACGCCAACGCCGAAGUCCGGGAGCAGAUCGCCAAGAUCUUCGCGGGCUUCUGGGAAGGCAAGCCGAACAUCAAGAAUUGCGACAAGUGGAAGGCUUGGAAGCUGAAGAACCCGUCGUGGAAGGAGCCCGAGGUGACGAUGAAGGGGAUUAGCAAGACGCCGAGGGAGACGAAGAAGCAGAUCAGGGAGAAGGAGGAAGCGGAGAGACUCGCCAUCGAGAAGAACACUCCCAAGAAGUACAAUGCCAAGAAAGCGGUGGUUACUCCAAAGAAGACUCCCCCUCCUCCUCCACUGACGCUGAUUCCUCGUAUCAGAUGA